UACUAAAAUUUAAGAAUGCAGCAGGAAAAAAAAAAAAAGAAAAUUUCCUUUCUUAAGGGGGAGAAGGGGGAAGUCACGCAGGUUUGGGGUGUCCAAAGGCUGUGUAUAGAACAAGUGUCUGUCAAACGUCCAGCUCUGUGCACACUCCGCCAGCGCUCUCCCGUCCCUGGGCGCGGCGCUGUUCCGAGAGAGGGACGGGGUUCGGCCGGGCCGUGCGGGACAGACAGAGCGAGGCUGUGCCGGAGGAGCCGGUGCGGGCACAGGGCUGGCCCGGCCGGGCUCGGCCGCUGCGGGCACAGGGCGAGGCUGUGCCGGAGGAGCCGCUGCGGCCGCAGGGCCGACCCGGCCCGGUCGGACCGUGCGGAGCGCGCAGGCGCCUCGGGGCGGGCCCGGCGCGGUUGCCGGAAGAGCCGCCCCGGCCAUGCCGAGCCUCGCUGGGUUCCUGCGGGCGCCGGUGCGGAGCGGCGGGGCCAUGCCCGGGAAGAUGUGACGGCUGAGGCAGUAGGUGUAGCUAUUGCUGCACCUCCGUCGGAAGGGGAGGCAAAUGCAGAGCUGUGUCGUUACCUCGCUAAGGUGCUUGAAGUGAAGAAGAGUGACGUUGUUUUAGAGAAGGGGGGUAAAUCACGUGACAAAGUGGUGAAGAUUUCGGUAUCAGCGACACCAGAUGAGAUUUUAGAAAAACUGAAAAAAGAAGCUUCCAGUUGACCUAAAACAAGAGCAGGAAAUAGGAAAAAGCAUCUUGGUACAUGGACUCAUAUUCUUUCUUACUUAGUGCAGUGCUGUUGAGUGUGGGUAAUGACUACAGGAAGAUACUUCUUUCCCCUCCCCUUGUAAAUACAGGUGCUGUACAGUUGAAGUUUUUCUGUAGGUUGGGUUAGAAAACUGAAACUCUGUAUCUGCUUCUGUCACUACAGACUUCCUUCUGCUCUGGAUGGUGUCCUGUGGGUAAGAUUUGUCCUCUUUCCUGGUCCCUAAACAAAUAGUUUAGGAAAUGGGGUUUUUCUUUUUAGUGGAGCAAAUGUUGGUUAACAAAGUGAGGGGUUUGGAGUGACAGCCUUUCAUGUGGAAAGUGGCACAAAAGGACAAACCUGGAUGGAGAGACAUAAAAGAGACUGUUCUCUCUGAUGUCUCACAGCAGGUGCAGCGUUUCACUGUGGGCACUUAUUUAUCUAAAAUAAAUGUCUUUUGAAGCCAGUGUGUUGUUGUUGAUCACACAGACAAGCUGAAAGAAGGAUCUCCUGAGCAACUGAAAGAAAACCAGAAGUUUUCAGUAUGAAAAACCAGCACAGGACCCAGUCAUUGCACACAUGGGGGCACUUUGUAAUAGUCUGUAAAUAGUUUCCUUAAAAGUAGAGAUAUGGUCAUUUAUAUCUUUGCCAAUUGUAUGUCACCUGUAAUAACUGCUUUGAAUAAAAGGGGCAAAAAGUA